AAUUUGAAGAUGGAAAUAUUAUUUUUGGAAAUGAUGAUAGCUCAGAUUUUAUAACGUUUGAGAUAAACAACAACGAAUCGAAUCAAUCUAUUGUACAUAAUCAAAUCGCACCUUUUCCUAAUCCUUAUACACUUUCCUAUAAGCUAAUAAAUAACCAACAGGAUUUGGUAUUAAUUAAUGUGGAAAAAAUUGAAAUUUGGAUAAGAGAUAAAAAUUCAAUUAAUGGAAUUAAUCUUCGAUACCAAUGGAAUAAUGUUGAGUGGGAAGAUACUUAUAGAAAAUUCAAAGAAGAAAAUCUUGAUUUCAAUAAAGAUUUUAUUACUCAACACUAUACACAACUAUUUAACAAGAUUUUAAAUAAUGAAUUUAGUGAUUCAAAUUCCUCAAUACCAUUAACAAGAUUUAUACCAACAGAAUCUAAUAAUGAUUUUCGUAACAUUCCAUUAGUUAAUGAUAUUAUAAAUGAUACGAAAGCAUUGUCAAAAUUUAUAUCCGAAACAUCAAGUGAGAAAGCUGAUUAUCGACGAAUGAAACAAAUAGUCCCACGUAUUAUAAAGGAUGCAGAUAAGUUUUCAAAUUUUGGGUUAGAAAUUUUAAAAGUAGCGAUUGACAAAAAAUAUGAUGAUAUUAUUCAACAAGUUAUUGAUGAAAUUAUUAAAUCAACUCUGAUUGAUUCAAAAAAUAAUGAUUACAUGAGAUUGUUGAACCCUUUACAAACUAAUUGUAGUUACAUGAUGACAUUGUUGCCUUUUAUUAGUUUAAAUUUUUUAGAAUUAUGUAAGAUUUAUCCUGAUUUCAUAAUCAAAUAUAUCUCAUACACAUCAAUUAUAUUAUCGCCUUAUUGCGAUUCCUUUGUUAAUUCAACAAAUACUUCGCUUUAUUCAUACAAAGAUAUUUGUAUUAAAAAAUCAAAUUCAAUUAAUGGUUACUUUAAAUCAAUAUCAUCAUCAUUCAAAAGUUUAACUCAAAAUUUAAAGAAUCAGGAAGAAAUCCCAACAAUCAGUUUUAUUGUUCCAUUUCCUAAAAUAAGUGUAUAUAGAGACGAGACUGAAAAUAAUCAUAAAGAUGGUCACAAGGAUGAUAGCAAAAAAAAAGAUCAGGCGACUAAUAAUAAUUAUAUCGAUCCUCCAAUUAAUAUUUGGAAUAAAUUUUUAUAUGUACCAAAAUCUAUUCUCUUUUGUAAUAUUGAUAGCAACAAGUUUUACAAUUGGUGGAAUUUUGUUGCAAUUAUAGAUUUUAAAUGGAGAACUUUUGGAUGGAUUUAUUAUUACUUGAUUUGGUUUUUGUACACAGUAUUUUAUAUUUGUUAUUCAUUAGCUUCUAUGUUAGAAUCAAAUUCUAUCACUGAUAUUCAACGCCAAUCACUUUUUAUAAUUACAAUAAUAUUUGGUAUCAAAUUUUUUAUUGCUGAAAUUCUACAAUAUAUCUGGAUACGAAAGAAUUAUUUUACUGAUCUGUGGAAUUUUUUUGCAUUUCAUUUUAUUUUAAGAUCAACCAACAAUAACGAUAAUAAUCCAUGGAAUCUUGCAUCAAGAUAUUAUUUUGCUAAUUCAAAUGAAAUUAUAAAUAAUACUACAUUAGUUCAGCCUCCUAAUUCAAAUACAAAUCUAUUUGAUCGGUUCUCUACUUCACUGUUUGCUGUAUAUAAAAUGAUCACUGGUGAUUAUGGAGCUUUGUCAUCAUGGACCUAUCAAGAAAAUCCCUUAAUGUCACUUUUAUUAGUUACCUUUACAAUUUUCACAGUAAUUUAUCUUUUGAAUUUAUUUAUUGGAUUGCUAAACAUAGCAAUUGGCAAAUAUAAUAAAGAGGAAGAAUAUUUACUUCAAAAAGCACGGAUUAUUAUGGAAAUUGAAUUACUUUACAUGCUUCCAAGUUUGAAACAUAAUAAAGAAUGGUUUCCAGAUUGGAUUUAUUAUGAUAUGCCUGUUACUAAAAUUCGUAACCUAUUUAAUGCAAUUGAGAAUGAUAAAACCAUAUUUAAUUAUAAUUCUCCAGCCAUUAGCGCAGAUUUAAGAGAUUUAGUAGAACUUAAAGAUAAAAUUAAUGAAGCUCAAAAGAACAAUCAAAUUGACGAUCUUAAACAACAAAUGAAUCAAUUUCAACAGCAACUUGGUGCAAUAAUUCAGCAAAUGAAUCAACAAAUAGCUACAACAAAUCAGCAAUUAGGUGUGUUAACUCAACAAAUUGGUAUAGCAAAUCAGCAAAUUG